AUGGAACCAAUUAAAAAUGCUUUAAAUCAAGCAGGAAAUUUAGUACAACAAGCUGCACAUAGUGUAGCUGAAGUUUUUUAUAGUAGUGAAACAACAACGGAUGAUAUUGAUAAAACAAAUGAAACAAAAAAUGAUGAUGAAGAUAAAAAUAUUGAUAGUAAACAAAAGAAGUUUGAACAAGAACAAGAUACAAAUAUUCAAAAAAGCGAUAUAAAAACAUCAUCUCGUGCUUAUGAAGAUAAACCACAAGAAAGUGAUGCAAAAGUAUUAGCAACAGCAUGGCCAGAUUUAAAAGGUAAAACACGUCAUGAAGCACAAGAAUUUAUUAAAGCAAAAGGUUAUUCGAAUGUAAAGAUCUUAAAAAAAGGUACAUCAUCAACAACGGAACAUGAUGAAUCACGUGUUAUUUUAUUUGUUGAUGAUAAUGAUGUUGUUGUUGAAGAACCUAAAGUUGGUUAA